AUGGAUGCUUCAACUACUGUGUCCACGGAGGUUGAUGUGUCUAUAGCAAAUGAAGUGAAAAAAGCCAUGCCUAUUGAUAAGAUCACCAAAGUAGCUAUGUUAGAUCCCAGCGAGCUAAGAGGUACAAAUUCUUCAUUCAAAGAACACCCAGUUUUCAACAAAAUGAAAAAAAAGAACCCCAGUUUGAUACUACUGAUUCUUGCAAAUAGGGAAUCUGCUGCUCGGUCUAAAGAAAGGAGGACUCGUUACGCAAUGGAUCUAGAGAAGAAGGUGCAGAUACUUCAAGCACAGUCAACUGAGAUCUCUGUCAAGCUUGCGAAAACCAAGACGGAAAAUUCGGACCUGAAAGCUAAGAAGAAGGGGAUCUUACGUGAGAUAGAGUUUAUGGAAGAAACAGCUAAGCUUAGAGAAGAACUGAAUGAAGCUUUAAGCUAUAAGCUGAGGCAACUUAAGAAAGAAUAUGCACAAAAAGUUGCAUAUAAGAACCACAAUUUUCGAGGGUUACUCUCUAAAUUUUCUUCCCAGCUAGCAGUUUAUCAAGUGAAUUUUCUUCGAUACUCGCGGCUAGAACAACUUGGCAUGCCUCCGUCGCACUCAAAUCAGCAAGCAUAA